ACACGAAAAAUUGUCAGGUCUCAGACUCACAUGAAAAAAUGUCAGGUCUCAGACUCACAUGAAAAAAUGUCAGGUCUCAGACUCAGACGGAAAAAUGUCAGGUCUCAGAAAAUCUUCCUGCAGGUGGCGCUGUUGUCAUGUCCCAUCCGAAUUGAUUUCCAAAUACGUCAUCAACGUGUGACAGUGGGAGAGCGCAAGGUUAUUGACCUCACCGGAGUUUUACGCGGUCCAGGCUCCUAACGACACAAGGUAAGUUUAACUUUUUCUCCCUUUUGUUCAUAUUUUUGCCACAGUUGUGUGAUAUUAAGUUGCGGUUAUGUUGUGAAAGUUACAUAUCAAAGAAGGAAAUCUAGUUUUGUACGAAACCAAAUCAGCACUAUUCUUGUCUGGCCAAUUCGUUCUAGCUAGCGACAGCGGUGGUGAAACGUGAUUUAAAUUUAAACUGUUUAGUAAUUGCUUUUUAUACGUUUCAGCAAAUGGACAAGCUGAAAGCUUACGAGCAGCCUGCAUCCUUUCUCUCGCUGUUUUCUCUUUUCUAUAUUUCUACUGUUGAGAUAUUUUGUGAUCCUGAUAUGUAUUUUUCUGUUGUUGUUUUUAGACUUUUCUGCAAUAUGUCAUCUGACGAUGAUGAAAGGAAUACGAUGAUAAUAACAUUGUUCAACAAAGGCUUAAAACAAAAGGAAAUCAGCUGUGUACUCAAUUCAUAUGGGCAUAAAAUAAGUGAGAGGCAUCUGAGACGAGUUUUAAAACUUCUAGGGUUGAAGCGAAGAUGCCCCCAACGACCUUUUACUGAAAUCCACAAAGCAGUGGAGAGUGAGAUGAAACAGUGGUCUCCUGAACAAGGAAUCAGGGCAAUGGUAAAGCGGGUAAGGGAUGUCAGAGGAGUGCGGCCUUGUUACAGAGACGAUGUUGCUAAUAUAAUGAGGGAUAUGGAUGCAAGUGGUCUUCAGAGGAGAUCUCCUGGAAAGAAGAAAAUUCCCCGUCGGAAUUACAUCAGCCGUGGUCCAAAUGACACCUGGCACAUUGAUGGCAAUGAUAAACUGAAGUUCUUUGGAAUGUGGAUACAUUUGGGGAUUGAUGGAUUUUCCAGGAAGGUUCUAUGGCUAAAGGUGGGCACAUCCAACCGCAAACAAAACUUUGUGGCCAGAUACUUCUUUGAGGCUGUUCAAGAACAGGGUGGCUGUCCUCAAAUGAUUCGGGGGGACAGAGGAAAGGAGAACCUUGUUGUGGGUCAAAUGCAGAUGGCAUUUCACAUGCGAGAUCUUGGGAAUCAGGCAUGGAGGUGCUUCAGAAUGGGGACAUCAGUGCACAACCAGAGAGCUGAAUGUUUUAACAGUAUUUUAAAGCGGACAUGGACUAAGAAAUGGCUGACAACAUUUGAGGCCAUGAUGGAGUCUGGGAUCCUUGAACUGGACAAUCCUGUGCACAUCAACUGCUUGCAGUACGCACACUUGCCACUGCUUCAAAGAGACUUAAAAACGGAGCAAACAGUUUGGAACACCCAUGACAUCCGCAAGCAACGCAAUGCACCAGGUCCAUUUGGGAAACCCGACCUUCUGUUUACCUCACCACCUCCUGGAUAUGGCAAUGUGCUGCACAUAGUUGACCCAGACCUUUUAGACUACGCCAAGCAAUUAAUCUAUGAGGUGGAAGAGCCUUCACUGGUAGCAAACCAGGAAUUCAGAGACAUGUGCCAGAACAUUUUAGAAAACAGCCAAUUUCCCUGCACACCUGAUGGUUGCCUUGCUGCAUACCUCAUGCUAGUCCAAGAGCUCACAACUGCCAUGAACAGAAAUGCAGUUCCUACACCUUCUACGUUUGCAGAGGCAAAUGACAUAUACAUCUUUCUGAAGAGACAGAGGAUGGAAGGUGCACCAGUAAACAUUUCCAAUGACCAAUAAAAUCAUACAACAUUGUUUGUUAACAUUUAUUUAUCCUUGUUUACAAUCAACAGGUAAUUUGAAAACUGUCUGACCAACAAAAUGU